AUGGAGCCGUCAAGUGGAUUUGGAGAUCGCGGAAAUGGCCAGAGUAUGGAGUGUAACAUCGCUGUGCGGAUGUGCAGAAGCGUUCUCGGUCCACCGAUUAUGAGAUUUGUUUUGCUGUUGUGGUUAUCAGUUAUAUCACUAGGUAAUGGUUUCAGGGUUACUGUAAUUUAUCUCAUUUUGAACUUUCUUAAUUUUAUUUUAUUAUUAUGGUCAAAAAUACGUAGAAUUUUUUUUUUAUUUUUCUACGUAUUUGUUGACCAACCAAGUAACGUCACUUUACUUUUUGCUUUCUGUGUAGAUGCGGCAAACCCUGUCAGUUGUACCUUCUCCAUGUGUUCGCUUAGUCAUCCGUGUAGUAAAGGUACCUGCAACAAUGGAUUUUGUUGUGGGGUGACAAAAGCAAAGAUAUAUCGACGUAGUAAAGGGUCGACGUUAGAUUCUAAGUCAAGUCCACCUAACAUGACUGACCCGUUCUUAAUGCAAAAUGACUGGCCUGGCCCGCCGAAUACCGGGAACAGUAUGUUUGACAGUCCGAAGCUUGACACCUGUAAGUUAACGUCAACUUAAAACAUCUUUUUUCAAUGCUUUUAACUUUUUUAUAACUCCGUUUCUUUUACAUUUUACUGACUAAUCUACCUUCAGCUGUUUGUAUCGGUGGUUUCACAUCGUCAAUCAAAUGUGGAGCCUAUAACAACUGUCCACCAGGGCUACUAUGUGAAAAAGGGAUCAAAUACUGCUGUCCGAUGAUGUUACCCAUGGAAACCAAGACCCAAAGACCUUUGUUUCAUCACUACCGUAACACUCCCACACCGUACAACAACCAACAGUCUUCGUAUUACAAUGGACCCUCUCCCAUGCAUUCGUAUGGUCCAUUGAAUUCUUACUCUGGGGUCAGCUACAACAACAUCAACUACCCGAGGAUGAUGCACAGAUACAAUAACUACUUUAGUAAUAUGAACGAAGGACUAGUGUCCAACUAUCGACCACGGAGCCGAGGUUUGAAUGCUUUAUUAUAUUACUAUACUUACAAAUUAAAUAGAUUAAUAAAGUCAAAAACUUACUGUAAUAAAAAUAUUUUUUAGCAUGGUCAUCUUAUCCAUGCAACAGUAUUAAUGACAACUGCGGAGGCUACUACAACAACUACGGUAACUCACUGUCAAAUGGAUACGAAGGAAUUAGUGGAUCUUUUGGUCCGAUGAGCUCCCUUGGCAGUACCACAAGUGAAAAUGCUGUUGAAGGUCUGUUAAUCAAUAUAGGUUAAAAAUACAUGUAACAGUAGUAUAGUAGUAUAUUAGUUCUGUUCAUAACUUAACUAUUAUCUUUACCAUCCUUAACUUAGGAUGUCCACAAGGCAACGAUGGUGGUUCCUGUGUCCAAGGACGAUGCGAUUCUGGCUACCAAUGCAACAGAAACAACGUCUGCUGCCAGACAGAAGUCCCAGCUACAGGUAGGUAACCUGAUAUGUUAACAUCAUUGAUAGUUUGUCCUGACGGAACCCAAGCGGCCGGAGGCUGUGUGAACGGACAAUGUGGAUUCGGAUUCACGUGCAAUCAGGGAUUGUGUUGUACGAACACUUCUCAGACGCCACGAUGUUUGGAUGGAAGUCAAGCAAUCGGAGCUUGUAUUGGAGGGAAGUGUGGGGAUGGUUAUGCGUGUACAACGGGUAACAUCUGUUGUCCAUCUAACAUGAACGGUAAGACUCUGAUUACAAAGAAACAGUCGAACUUGUAACAAUAUAAUCUCUCCUCAUUGACUCAGCAUAAUGUCUUGUACGCUAUAAAUGUCUUGUAGAUGGGUUAUACUGAUUAUAAAAACCCUCUAAAUGUAUAUCUUCAGGAUGCCCAGCCGGCACAGCUUCAAUCGGACCUUGUGUGAACGGGGUCUGCCCCAAUGGUUUCACUUGUACCAACGACCAGUGUUGUGGACCUCCAAAUCUGGCCAAUUCCACCAAUACGCUUAUCCAAUGUCCACAAACAGACUCGAACGGUCCUUGUUCGAGUGAAGGAACGUGUGCUGACCCUGGCUUCCAAUGUGACGUGACCAAUCAAUGGUGUUGUCCGAACAUUGCCGGUGAUCCAGUAGGACCAUGUAUUAGAGGCGAAGGUGGUACAAGGCUCUGCCCUGAUGGUAUGUACUUAACUACAUUAAAAAACUUUUAAGAUUUGCUAUUCAAAAUUAGGAAGUAACAAUCAUGUAUUAAUGUACGUCAAGUUAUAAACCUAGAAGCCAACCUCGUUUUAGGUUACGCUUGUUCGGGAGCAGAUGCUGGUCAAUGUUAUCGACUGGACACGGGGACAUGCGCCCCGAUCGACCAGUAUGGCCCAUGCAGUCCCACAGAACCCCGGUGCCCGAAUGGCUACACUUGUAUUGGAGGAUUCUGUUGCAACGAUAAUGCCCCUCCAACAUACCUCAGAAAGAAACGAUCGCAUCUAAGGCUGUGAAGCUCAGAGCCUUGUUAUGUGCGGGUCGUUUUUAAUAACUUUAAUAAUAUUUGUACAAUCCCGUUAUUAGUAAACAUGAAACGAAAAGUGAUGUUAUUUGUUGUUAUUCCAAGUUCGCGAAACUACUCACUUUUUUCAAGUAGUCCACGUUCGAUCGAUAAUUAAAAGUUCUCGUGAUACAAGUGCAAUCUACCGUAAAUAACAUAACUAAUUUAUAUAUAUUCGUUCCAAAAAGGGAAUUUCAUAAAUCGCCAGUUUCUCCAAUUUUGCAGCUUUAUUAAGAUUGUGACAUUUCGUCCAAUUAGUGUGUUAGUGUGGCACUUCGCUGUUUCUGUCGAAAUUUAUUUGUAAAUAAAGUUUGGACAUCCGCGUGUCACAUACAGCAUCAUACACCGAUCGCAGUAAGUUUUAAAUGGGUUUUUCGAACAUUUUAUAUUAGGGUAGAUUGAAUCUAUUGUUUUUAAAAUUGAUUUUGGACCUAAGGGCGGGUUUCGACAGUUUGUUAGUGGAAAAGGAAACCAUAAACACGAUGUUUUUGUGUUCUGAUUUCACGUGCCUGUGAUGUUGUUUUUCGUUUCAGGAAAUGGACGAGUCUACAAAAGAGACCUUGAAGAGUAUUUCGUUGUUUAAGAAGAAUGCCGGACCUAGAGAUGGAGAUUUGUGGGUAGCCAGGUUUGCUGAGGAACUCCAGACCUUGAUUGAUCUCACCAACAAGAACAAACAAGGAGAUGCCGACUGGUUUAACAUCGAAAGCUCGCCUGAUGGAACGAGGUGGUUUGGAAAAUGUUGGUAUUUUCAUAGCAUGAAGAAGUAAGUCUUAAAAGUUUUAUAAUAUUUGCUGUUUAGGUAUGAGUUUGACUUCGAGUUCGACUUGCCUGUGACUUAUCCAAAAACAGCACCUGAAAUAGCCAUUCCAUCCUUAGACGGGAAAACUUCUAAAAUGUACAGAGGAGGAAAGAUCUGUCUGAGUGAUCACUUCAAGCCUCUGUGGGCUCGUAAUGUACCUAAAUUUGGCAUAGCUCACGCUCUAACGCUAGGUCUAGGUCCGUGGCUAGCUGUUGAAGUGCCUUCUUUGAUUGAGAGAGGAUUACUCGAUGAUAAUUAA